CCACAGUAUAAGGAGUAGCGGCAGGGAGGAGGGCCCUGGGAAGGCAGGGGAGUCUGGGAAAGGAGAGAGAAGGCUGCGGACUCAGAGAGAAGGAGAGUAAGUCAGGAAGAAGAGAACAGAGGAGGGCACACAGACACGGAGGAGGUGGAAGGGCAAAGAGAAGAAAACUCGGGUGGGAAGAAGACAGGAGGGAGAGGAGUGAGGCAGAGAUGAAGUCAAGGGGCUCCCUGGCCUGCCUCCUGCUGGCCCUGUGCCUGGGCAGUGGGGAGGCUGGCCCACUGCUGAGAGGAGGGGAGAGCGCCGGAGUGGGUGCUGGGGAGGCCCUGGGACACGGGGUGGGAUGCCUCGGACAGGGUGGAAAUGCCAUUAGCCAAGGAGUCGAAGAGGCUGCCGGCCAAGGGGCUGGAGAGGCGGCCGGCCCUGCAGCCCGGGACGCCGUGGGCCAUGGCAUCGGGGAAGCGGCCCGUGCCCUUGGAAACACCGGGGGUGAGGCUGGCAGACAGGUGGAGAACGUCAUUCGACAUGGGGCCGAUGCUGUCCACGGCUCCUGGCAGGGGGUGCCCGGCAGCGACGGUGCUUGGGGAACCAACGGCCAGCCUCCAUCUGGAGGCCACGGCAUCUUUGGCUCCCAGGGUGGCUCUGGAGGCCACGGCCAGGGCAAUCCUGGAGGUCCAGGGACCCCCUGGGGCCAGGGAUAUCCUGGAGGCUCAGAUGGCAGCUUUGGAAACCACCCUCAGGGAGGCUCCUGGGGCCAAGGAGGCUCUUUCCCCUCGGGGACCAACGCUCAGGGGCCUGUGGUCCAGCCUGGGUACGGCUCAGUGAGAGGCAGCAACUCGCAUUCGGAGUGCACUAACCCCCCACCAUCCGGCUCGGGAGGCAGCUCUGGCCACUCCGGGGGAGGCAGUGGCGGUGGCAGUGGUGGCAGCAGCGGCGGUGGCAGCAGCAGCAGUGGCGGCAGCAGUGGCGGUGGUAGCAGCGGCAGUGGCGGCAGCAGCGGCGGUGGCAGCAGCAGCGGCGGUGGCAGUAGCAGCGGUGGUGGCAGUAGCAGCGGCGGUGGCAGCAGCAGCAGUGGCAGCAGCAGCGGUGGCAGCGGUGGCAGCAGUUACGGGCCCAGCUGGGACCGUCCCUUAGAAAAUUCUAGGAAUUUUGAUCAGAGCGGCUACUCAGGCUCCCAGGGACACAAUACCGGCUCUUCCUGGGGGAGCAGUAGCAGCGGAAGUGGUGGCGGAAGUGGCAGUGGAAAUAAACCCGGGUGUGACAGCCCAGGGAAUGAUGUCCGCAUAUCCGGAGGAUCUGGGGGUCAGGGCUUCGGAGGAGGACAGGGAGGUCCUGGCAGCUCUGGUGACAUCAGGGAAAUAAGCAAAGAGGGUGGUCACCUCGUUGGGGGCCCCCAAGACAAUUCUCAGUGGCACGGGUCCAGUGGAGGAGGUGAAGCUGUCAGUGGGAUCAAUACCUUGAACUCUCAGACAUCUGCUGGGCUCUUCAACUUCGACACUUUCUGGAAGAAUUUUAAAUCCAAGCUGGGUUUCAUUAACUGGGAUGCCAUAAACAAGGGCCAAGUCCCACGCCCCAGCACACGCGCCCUGCUCUACUUCAGCCGGCUCUGGGAGGACUUCAAACACAACACCCCUUUCCUGAACUGGAAAGAAAUUAUUGAGGGGGCUGAUGCGACUUCGCUCCAGAAGAGGUCGGGCGGUGCCGGUCAGUCUGGCACAGGAUGGCAGGAGGUGGCAGCCGUGACUUCCAAGAACCCCUAUAACCAGCAGGCAUACCCUACUCCCGCUGGCGGGCAGUACUCAGCCAAGAUCCCCUCUAAGGGGGGAGUCACACCUUCCUCCUCGGCUUCCCGGGUGCGGCCUGGCCUGCUGCAGUGGGUGAAGUUCUGGUAGAAAAUUAUUUCCGAUCACGACCGAGGCCCCGACCAACGUCAGUGGUGAAGGAGGCCAACCGCGCCCCGCCCCCAGCUCUCUCCCUGCGUCAGGCUUGGUCUCGGUGCCGACACCUGCUUUUUCCAGGUUGGGGACCUGGUCUGUCUGUCCGUCGUUUCUUCCAACGGCGCUGUGGUAUCUCCUUGUCAGCAACCUCAUUGGACGAAUCUGCCACUUUCCUCACCUACUCUGUGUUGUGACCUGAAGUCACUGUGACAAUACUUCAGAAGAAGUUUCCUACUGUUGAGUUUCUUUGUGGAAAUAAAACAUAAAUCUUGUUUCCUUAA